UUCAACGGGUGACUUUGUUAAGGAGUGUCUGUCCAUAGCUGCGACAAUCAUGUGCCCGUCACAGGCAAAAACUUUCUCCCAGAUCAGCCUCUCACGAAAUACUGUGACACGUCGUAUUGAAGAAAUGUCUCUAGACAUUAAGGAGCAAUUUAAAGCAAAGGCUGCUGGAUUUGUCGCCUUUUCUUUGGCGUGUGAUGAAAGCACGGACAUUUCGGACUCUGCACAACUUUUGGUUUUCAUACGGCGAGUAAAUGAAAACAUGGAAAUAACUCAGGAGCUGGCUGGAUUUGAGACACUGCGCAGCACAACAAAAAGUGAGGAUUUGUUUGCAGCCGUUGAGCGAGUGUUGGAUACGAACGGGCUGAGCUGGGAAAAAUUGGUUGGGAUAACAACUGAUGGAGCACCUGCCAUGGCUGGGAGGAAAACAGGCCUUGCCACACUAAUUUCCCAGAAGGUUUCCCAAUGUGGAGGUAAGGUGGCAAAAUACCACUGCAUCCUGCACCAAGAGCAACUAUGUGCCAGAUCAGUUGGUAUGGGAGACGUGGUGCGUGACGUGAUUAAAAUCAUAAACUGCAUACGAUCAAAAGCGCUCUCACACCGCCAGUUCAGAGCUCUUCUAGAGGAGGUUGAUUCACAAUACAAGGAUGUGCUUUACCACCAAGAGGUGAGGUGGCUGAGCCGCGGGAAAGUCCUCAAAAGAUUUUUUGAGCUGCGCCAUGUCAUCGCGGAGUUUCUGACAAGCAAGAACAGUGACACUCAAGUCCCCACAGAUGAAAAAUGGUUUUGUGACGUGGCUUUUAUGGUGGACAUCACUGACCUGCUCAACACCCUGAAUAUUCAGCUUCAAGGGAAGGAUCAGAUCAUCACUGAGCUGUUUGACCACAUAACGGCCUUCAGGUCGAAGCUGCAGCUACUCUGUCGACAUCUGUCAGCAGGAAACCUUGCACACUUCCCUAGUCUGAGAGAGGUCAACCUGGUGAAGCAGAGACUGCCUGAAUAUGCAGCACUUCUCAGACACUUGGACCAGGACUUUGCGUUGCGCUUUGAGGACUUUAGGGAAAGUAGAGGUGACAUGGAGCUGUUUUCUCAACCCUUCACCAUAAGUGUGGACUCAGUGCCUGAUCACAUUCAGAUGCAGCUAAUUGAGUUUCAGUGUGAUUCUGAGCUAAAGAAUAAAUUCAUGUCACUACACUUGAAAGACUUCUACACACAUGUCUCAUCUGAAAGGACAUCCUCACCCUCUCAGUGA